AUGGCACCCGGCGCCAUCUUUGAGACGCCUAACGUGGCUGAGGACUUCAACAAUCACCGCGAUGGCCUUGCUCUUGAGGCCACUUCAGAUGCCAUUGACGAUGUCAACGUGCUUAAGGCAGCCUUGAAAGUCAAGAACGGCACUGCGAGCCAAAAAGAAAAGGACAUCUAUGAGCAGUCACAGUUCGAUGCUGAAAAGGACAAGACACAAUUCCGACAAUACGAAGAAGCAUGCGACCGCGUCAAGAACUUCUACCGUGAGCAGCAUGAGAAGCAAACAGUAGCCUACAACCUCAAGGCACGCAACGCGUUCCACAGCAAGACUCGCGCCGAAAUGACAAUUUGGGAGGCAAUGGAGAAGCUCAACACAUUGAUCGAUGAAUCAGACCCAGACACCUCACUCUCCCAAAUCGAGCACCUCCUCCAAUCUGCCGAAGCCAUCCGUCGUGACGGAAAGCCACGUUGGUUCCAACUCGUCGGACUCAUCCACGACCUUGGAAAACUACUCUUCUUCUUCGACGCACGCGGUCAAUGGGACGUCGUCGGCGACACAUUCCCCGUAGGCUGUGCCUACUCUCCCAAGAUCAUCUACCCAGACACAUUCAAGAACAACCCAGACUACAACGACGAGAUCUAUAGCACCGAGCACGGUAUCUACACACCCGGUUGCGGCAUGGACAACGUCAUGCUAAGCUGGGGUCAUGACGAAUACCUAUACCACAUCAUGAAGGAUCAAUCAAGAAUCCCCGAGGAAGGAUUAGCUAUGAUCAGGUAUCACUCCUUCUACCCUUGGCACACUGGUGGCGCAUACAAGUGGAUGAUGAACGACAAGGACGUGCGCAUGUUGGACGCAGUCAGGGCCUUCAACCCGUACGAUCUGUACAGCAAAAGCGAUGAGGUACCAAAGGUCGAGGACCUGAAAGAGUACUACAUGGACAUCAUUGACGAGUUUAUUGGUAAAGAUAAAAAGCUCAAGUGGUGA